ACGCCCUCUCGCCCCCGUGUUACUGGGUAGAACAAAACAAAAACAGAGCGAGAGGGAGCGGAGACGCUCUGAGGCGGCGGCGGAGGCUGAGGAGCGGGGCCUUGGCUGGCGGACCCGGGUCCUAGAGCAGCGGCGGCGGAGGCCUGAGGGAUCCUGAAGGAAGAUUUCCAUUUGGUAAUUUGUUUAAUCAGUGCAAGUGAAAUUAAGGAACAAUGGACGUAGAAAAUGAGCAGAUGCUGAAUGUAAACCCCACAGAUCCUGAUAAUUUAAGUGACUCACUCUUUUCUGGCGAUGAAGAAAAUGCUGGGACUGAGGAAAUAAAGAAUGAAAUAAAUGGGAAUUGGAUUUCAGCAUCUUCCAUUAAUGAAGCUAGAAUUAAUGCCAAGGCAAAGAGACGACUGAGGAAAAACUCGUCCCGGGACUCUGGCCGGGGCGAUUCUGUUAGUGAUAAUGGCAGUGAAGCCCUUCGAAGUGGAGUAACUGUGCCGACCAGUCCAAAGGGAAGGCUGCUGGACAGACGAUCCAGAUCGGGGAAAGGAAGGGGACUACCAAAGAAAGGUGGUGCAGGAGGCAAAGGUGUGUGGGGAACCCCUGGACAAGUGUAUGAUGUGGAGGAGGUUGAUGUGAAAGAUCCUAACUAUGAGGAUGACCAGGAAAACUGUGUUUAUGAAACUGUAGUUUUGCCUUUGGAUGAAAGGGCAUUUGAGAAAACUUUGACACCAAUCAUUCAGGAAUAUUUUGAGCAUGGAGAUACUAAUGAAGUUGCGGAAAUGCUAAGAGAUUUAAAUCUUGGUGAAAUGAAGAGUGGAGUACCAGUUCUGGCGGUGUCGUUAGCACUGGAGGGGAAGGCGAGUCACAGAGAAAUGACAUCUAAGCUUCUUUCUGAUCUUUGUGGGACGGUUAUGAGCACAAAUGAUGUGGAAAAAUCAUUUGAUAAGCUGUUGAAAGAUCUGCCUGAGUUAGCACUGGACACUCCUAGAGCACCACAGUUGGUGGGCCAAUUUAUUGCUAGAGCUGUUGGAGAUGGAAUUUUAUGUAAUACUUAUAUCGACAGUUACAAAGGAACUGUAGAUUGUAUACAGGCUAGAGCGGCCCUGGAUAAGGCUACCGUGCUCCUGAGUAUGUCUAAAGGUGGAAGGCGCAAGGACAGUGUGUGGGGCUCUGGAGGCGGGCAGCAGCCUGUCAAUCACCUGGUUAAAGAGAUUGAUAUGCUGCUGAAAGAGUAUUUGCUCUCUGGAGACAUAUCUGAAGCUGAGCAUUGCCUGAAGGAGCUGGAAGUGCCUCAUUUUCACCAUGAGCUUGUGUAUGAAGCUAUUGUAAUGGUUUUGGAGUCAACCGGAGAAAGUACAUUUAGGAUGAUUUUGGAUUUGUUAAAAUCCCUUUGGAAAUCAUCUACCAUUACUGUAGAUCAAAUGAAAAGAGGUUAUGAGAGAAUUUACAAUGAAAUUCCUGACAUUAAUCUGGAUGUCCCACAUUCAUACUCUGUGCUUGAGCGAUUUGUAGAGGAGUGUCUUCAGGCUGGCAUAAUAUCCAGACAACUCAGAGAUCUGUGUCCUUCAAGGGGCAGAAAGCGCUUUGUAAGUGAAGGAGAUGGAGGCCGUCUGAAGCCAGAGAGCUACUGAAUAGAACUCUUGCAUUCUUAGAUGUUAUAAAAAUAUAAAUCUGAAUUGUAAGAGUUAGCAUAGGUUUUUUGUUUUAAGCACUUGUUUUGAGUACAAGUCAUUUCGGAAAUUUUAUAUAAACUUACGUUGAAGGGGAAUUUUUUUAAAAAGGAAAUGUCCUUCUUUUUUUUUUUUUUUUUUUUGAGGUGGUUAAGGAGGGACAGAGUAACCACUUCUUUGAGUGGAACAUUCUAAUAAGCUACUUUUUGUAAGUGCCAUGUUUAUGAUCCAAUCAUUCCAAGUUUCGCAUUGAUGUCUGACUGCCACUCCUUUCUCUCAAGGACAGUGUUUUUUGUAGUAAAAUCACUGGUUUAUAGAAAGCUUUAUUUAGGGGGUGAUGUUAAGCUGCUAAAACCCCAUGUUGGCUGCUGCUGUUGAAAUACUGUGCUUUGGGAGUAAAAAAAAAAAGUUAUUUCUUUGUCUUAGAGAAAUUUAAGAAAAAAUGAGUAGUCAUGAGACUUAUCUUUCCAGGGAACAUACUGAUUGGUCUUAAAGACUAGAAAGUUCAGUAAAUGGUGGCUGGAACAUCUGUUUUUCUACAAAACUGGAAAAAUGAAGCCGGUUCUAGAAGAAUGUACAACAAAAUAAACAUGUGAAGCAGUGUUGA